AUGCCCGGUGUUACAGCUCCAACGAGGAGACAGGUAUUGUCAUUAUACAAACAGUUCAUUAGGAAUUCCAACCAGUUCAAUAAUUACAACUUUAGGGAGUACUUCCUAAGUAAAACAAGAAACACAUUCAGGGAAAACAUGAACCAGGAAGAUCCAAAAGUACUAGUCAAUCUGUUCAAAGAAGCUAAGAAUGAAUUGGGUGUCCUGAAAAGGCAAUCUGUCAUUUCUCAGAUGUACACAUUUGACAGGUUGGUCGUCGAACCACUGCAAGGAAGGAGGAAUUAA